AUGAACAGGCUCUGUAGACAUUACCUGCAUGAACAUGCUUUGAUUGUGAACAAGAUUGGACUGUUUUCAUAUCUGUUUAUCAAGUCCAUCUCCUCUGUCUAUCAAGAGAAUCCCUUAACCAAGGUCAAUGGCCAGGAUAAAGCAGUCUCUACUGAAGAUCAUCCUGCAGAAGAAAGAUGGUGA